CGAUAGUGACAAUGAUGCCUUAAACCAUUUCCAUUGAAGUUCGGGAAUUUUGAAUUGAAAUUUUAAAAAAAUCUAGUUUGCAAUCAGUUCAGAAGCCUGCAAAAAAAGUACAUUAGGAAUUAAAAAAUCUUUGUAAACUUCCAUUGUAGCCCGAAAGUUCUGAGCCGUUUUUGAGAGAUUAGGUGUACAGUAUUUGCUUUUUUGGAAUCAAAACGGAAAGGAAUGAUGGGACGCAGUUUCGAGUUGAUCAAAAAUAGGUGGAUUGGUGAUGGUUAUCCAUGUUUUAUUAUUGCUGAAAUUGGACAAAAUCACCAAGGAGACAUUGAAAUAGCCAAGAAACUAAUAAAGAUGGCCAAAGACUGUGGUGCUGACUGUGUGAAGUUCCAAAAAUCUGAUUUAUAUGCCAAGUUCACCAAAUCAGUCUUGGAUCGGCAGUAUGAAAGUCCACAUGCUUGGGGUUCAACAUAUGGAGAGCACAAACAAUUCCUUGAGUUUUCAAAGGAUCAAUAUGAAGAACUGAUGGCCUUUGCCUCUUCUCUAAACAUUCAUUUCACAGCCUCAGCCAUGGAUGACGUCUCUGUGGAUUUUCUAGUCAAUCUAAGAGUUCCAUUUCUCAAAAUUGGAUCUGGGGAUGCCAAUAAUUUAAUUUUAUUAGAGAAAGCUGCCAAAAAAAAUCUGCCUAUUGUAUACUCUACAGGAAUGCAAGACAUGAAAACAGUCAUCAGAGCCAUGGAAGUAAUGAAUUCUUUUAACUCAAAAGUCUGCCUUCUACAGUGCACCUCCUCAUAUCCAACUCCAGAAGACGAAGUUCAUUUACGUGUAAUGCAAACCUAUCGAGACCAUUUUCCCCAAUCCCCCGUCGGAUAUUCCGGUCACGAACUAGGUCUUACCAUAACGUUGGCCGCUGCGGCUCUAGGAGCUCACGUCAUCGAGCGGCACAUCACGUUGGACAAGUCCUGGAAGGGUAAUGACCACGCCUGUUCACUCGACGAAACGGAAUUAAAGUUGUUGGUGGAAGGAAUACGAACAAUUGAGAAAGCUCUAGGCUCUGCUAUUAAAUCAAAGCAGCCUUCUGAAGAGCCUUGCCAUCAAAAAUUGGGCAAGUCGAUUGUCGGUAAACAGAAAUUGGAAGCUGGUAUCAAACUUUGUAAGGAACACCUUACUGUUAAAGUGGGACAACCCGUUGGCUGGCCUCCGCAGGAUCUCGAUCUAUUAAUCGGAAAAACUCUUUCGAGAGAUGUGGAUGAAGAUGAAACAAUUACGUUAGAUUGUAUUAUUUAAAUUUUUCUAAAAACUAAAUUGUAUUCCAUUCAUCUCUCGACACAAAUUAAAAGAAAAAAGCAGGAUUCAAAAUACUAA